GGCAUACAAUUCCUAGCUUCAACAUAGAAAUUAUCACUCCUCCUCUCAUGCAAUAAAAUAAAAAAUGGCGACAAAAAAAGCUGCAACUUCUUCUUUCUUAUUCCUUCUCUUCCUCAUAAUCCUUCCCCAUGACCAAACCCAUGCAAGCCCGAUAAAAACCAUAGUUGUACUUGUAAUGGAAAAUAGAUCGUUCGAUCAUAUGUUAGGUUGGAUGAAGAAGCUGAACCCAGAAAUCAAUGGUGUUGACGGGAGAGAGUGGAACCCACUGAACACAAGUGAUGUAAAUUCAGAGAAGAUAUAUUUUAAAGAGGAAGCUGAGUUUGUGGAUCCUGAUCCUGGCCAUUCAUUUCAGGCAAUCAGAGAGCAAAUAUUUGGGUCAAAUGAUACAAAGAAACCUCCAUUGAUGAAUGGGUUUGCUCAACAAGCUUUGUCUAUGGACCCAUCUACUAAUAUGUCCAAAGAUGUUAUGAAUGGGUUUGAUCCUGAUAUGGUAGCUGUUUAUAAGACUUUGGUAUCAGAAUUUGCUGUGUUUGACAGGUGGUUUGCAUCCGUUCCAGCAUCUACACAACCCAACCGGCUAUAUGUGCACUCCGGCACUUCCGCCGGAGCCACCAGCAACAUUCCGGCAUUACUCAUCAAAGGUUACCCUCAAAGAACUAUUUUUGAGAACCUCGAUGACGCGGGAAUAUCAUGGGGAAUAUACUAUCAGAAUAUUCCGGCUACAUUGUUCUAUAGGAACCUAAGGAAGAUAAAGUACAUUGGUAAUUUUCAUUCUUACGAUUCGACCUUUAAAAAACAUGCACAACAAGGGAAGCUUCCUGGAUAUGCUGUUGUGGAGCAGCGGUACAUGGACACUAAGCUAAAGCCUGCUAAUGAUGAUCAUCCUUCCCAUGAUGUCUAUCAAGGCCAGAUGUUUGUCAAGGAGGUGUACGAGACACUAAGGGCUAGCCCACAGUGGAAUGAAACUCUGUUGGUGAUAACAUAUGAUGAGCAUGGAGGGUUCUACGAUCAUGUGGCGACACCUGUGAGUGGAGUACCGAGCCCAGAUGGGAUAGUGGGCCCAGAACCAUUUCUUUUCAAGUUUGAUCGAUUGGGUGUUAGGGUUCCCACCAUCGUGGUCUCGCCUUGGAUAGAGAAGGCCACUGUUGUUCACGGCUCAAAUGGAUCACCAUUUCCGACAUCGGAAUAUGAGCAUUCAUCGAUUCCGGCGACAGUGAAGAAGCUCUUCAACCUGUCCUCUCCUUUCCUGACUAAAAGGGACGAAUGGGCUGCCACCUUCGAAUCCAUUAUUCAGAAACGGACUGAGCCCAGAACUGAUUGCCCUGUGCAACUACCAACUCCAUCGAAGAUCAGAAAAGGGGACGCCAAUGAAAAUGCAAAGCUUAGUGAAUUCCAGCAAGAGCUAAUGCAGCUAGCAGCAGUGCUAAAAGGAGAUCACAUAUUGACAAGUUACCCUCAGAAUAUAGGGAAACAAAUGACAGUGAAGGAAGGAAAUGCAUAUAUGGAGGACGCUGUGAAACGUUUCUUUGAGGCUGGACUUUAUGCGAAAAAAAUGGGAGUCGAUGAACAACAAAUUGUUAAAAUGAGGCCAUCUCUUACUACCAGAUCAUCUAAACCAACCAUCAAUAACCCAUAGAAAAAUUUUAUGUUAGUAUACAUCAGUCAUCAUAUGUAAGCACAGAAAAUAGAAAGUAAAAGAGAAGAAACAAAUAAUGUCAUCUCCAUAUUUACUGGUAAUGGCAGUGCUUUAAUACUGAAUCAAUCUUAACAAGGAGAACGCC